AUGCACUGUCUCAUCAGUCUCUCCGCUUUACACGUUGCAUAUCUCAAUCCUGACGACAGACGCGCAAAUCUCCACAUCGCAGCGCAUCAUCACACCGUCGCUCUCAGCGGAUUUAGAGCAGAUAUCGACACCAUUGGCCCGCACAACGCUGAAGCAGUCUUUGCAACUUCGACGCUAAUGUUCUUCUACGCUUUCUGUACCUUUUCCAAGCUUUCAGAUGCCAACGCGGACAAACAGCAAGAUAGCGACAACACCAACGAUAGCCUAUCAAUACGGACAUCGCGUAUUCUGGGUGCAGAAUGGAUACCCCUUGUGCGCGGUAUCCAGGCUGUGAUAGGUCCUAUCUACGAACAUCUCAAAGAGGGCCCUUUAAAAUCAACGCUCCAUCUAAAGGACUGGGACGAUAUGGAUCCCAACAUGCAGCCGGGACUAGAUGAUCAGCACGUGGUGCGCAUCAAGCAAACAUGGGCUGACGAUGGAAAUAAGGCAGUAUACGACGAGACGCUGUAUUUGUUGAGGAAGAUGAGUGCAUGGGUCCUCCAUUUCCGGAAAACCUGGGAAGAUCAACAGGAGGAAUGGGGAUAUAACGGUAGUUGGUCUGCUCCGUUCGUUUGGCUAUCUUUAGUACCGAAAGAAUACUUCAAGUUGCAGCAACAACGGCAGCCAUUAGCUUUACUCAUCUUUGCUUACUUUGGCGCACUGUUAGAACAGCUUCACACAGGUUGGUGGACGGCAGGUUGCGGCACGAGCAUCGUUGGUGUAGUAGAUGACUUCCUAGGAUCCUACUGGGCAGAAUGGAUGGAAUGGCCAAAACAAGUGGUCAACCAACAGCAACAGCGGCAAACAUCCGAAAACCAAAGCACCGUCAUUCCAUAA